CCGUUGUAUAUGUCAAAGACCCUUCCUUUUAAAGUCUGAAGGUUAGUCAAACAUCUGUCUUAACUACUAGGGAUAGCAUAUCGAAUGACCUAUAUAAGUCUUUGUAAUUUUUGGAUCUAACCAUGCUUCAAAUACAUCAUCAGAAGGUGUUAUUAGUGCAUGUUUUGUUGGAGGAUUCCUGCAUUUCACUUCAUGGUGCAAAAAGCAAGACCCCUGAUAUACAUUUGUACAUGUCUUUUUCAAUUGAGAUUUCCGAUGGAAAAUUAUUUAGUCAAGCAGACUUUUCUACCAUCCCAUUAUUAUUCAGUCGGCGUUGUUCGGCAAAAUACUCUUCACAAAUGCUUGGUUGAAUGAUGCAUAAAGAUUCUUUAUAUAUUCAACCAAUUGAGAGUGUGAAUUGGUUGUUACAUGCCCUUUAUACACAAUCAGCAUUUUCCAAAUGUACAGAUAUUAUAAAACAUUGUACUAAUGGGCAAUUCACGUUAAGUGACGAUUAUCAUUUGUAUUGUUUAAGUCUAAUUAAUCGACUUGGUGGGUGUAUACAACAAUCUUUAAAUAGUCUAUUCAAGUGUUUGGAGCAUAACAAUAAGUCAGUUGAUAUAAUGAAGAAAAUUGCAAAGUCAUUGCAUCUACAAGGUCAUCAUAAUGAAGCAUUGGAAAUCUAUCAAGAUGCUUUAAAACUUAAUCAAAAUGAUUGGGAAAUACCAUUUGGACAAGGUGUAUGUUAUUUCUACAUGAAACAAUUUGAAUCGGCUGAAAAGUAUUUUAAAAAAUCAUGUAAACUUACCAAAAGCAUUAAACCAUUGAAAUGGUUAGCAAAAAUUCAUUUAGAAAAGAGCUCAAUAAAUUCUGCUAUCGCAACGUUGAAGAAAGCAACCUCACUAGUACCUGAAGAUCCGGACAUAUUAUCUAAUCUGGGUUUAUUAUAUUUCCAAACCAAUCAAGAACAAUUAGCAUUUGAAUGUUUGAGCUCAGCAAUUAUUUUACAACCGGAUCAUUUUGAUGCAAAUCAAUUAGCUGGUGUAAUUAUAACACUGCAUAAGGAUUAUGAUGUGGCAUUGAAUAAAUAUCGAUCAAUAUUAAAACAAUCUUCUGAAAGUUCAAUAUUAUGGAAUAAUAUUGGUGUAGCACUAAUGGGUAAAAGAAACCUAGUAGCUUCUAUAACGUGUUUUAAACGUGCCAGUUACUUAACACCAUUCGAUUGGAGGAUAUCGAUUAAUCUGGGCAUAAUUUACAUGCAUACAUCACAAUGGUUAAGUGCAUUUCAACAUAUCACUACAUCAAUCAAUUUGUUUAAUUUCAUUAAACAAAGAUCAAUCCAACGUUGCGCUAUAAAUGAUAAUGAUAACAAUAAUAAUCAUAAAAUUACUCAUGAUAUUGGCAUGUUAUAUUGUCUUCUGGGUUAUUGUUUAAUUAAAUUAAAUGAAUAUUCCAAAGCUUAUGAAGCUUUUAUGAAUGCAUAUAAACAAAGCAAUAAAAAUCCUUUAGUGAUUUUAAAUUGUGCAAAUUUUCUUGCCAAAUCAAACAAAAAAUUGGCCAACCAAAUGCUCUCAAAAUAUAAAAAACUUAGUUUAACAACUGAAUUUGAAUUACCUUAUUGGGUGAAUAAAACUGAUGUGGAUAAAUUAGUCAACCAAUUGGAUACGUAUCUCAGAAAUAUUCAAAGACAAAAUACUACAGAAUCAACUGGUCUUUUAGAAAUUUCAGUGUAGUUCAAUUAAUAUUUGUAUACGUGAACAUGAAUUCUUUUUUUUAACAGUUCUUGUUUUAGCUAUUAGCUUUCAGUUGUAAGAUAUUAAGUACAACCGUCAAAAGGCAACUGUUUAGUUUCCACUUCAAAAUUCUUCAUUGAAUAUACAUCGUUUAAAGAUCUCCAUCAUAUUAAAAGACAAAUAUUUGAAUGAAGAAUACUCUUUUCUAUAAGUUCUCUCUGCAGGUUCUACAGUUAUAUAUUCAAAUUAAUAAUCCUAAAAAAUUUGGCCAGGUUAAGGGUAAAGUAUAUCUUUUAAAAGCUCGCCUGUAGCUCUUCUAGAAUUACUGCCAGUCCCAAGCCCGGGUAAAGGAGG